GAUCGGAGGUCCAUCGCUCGCAUUCUGCCGGAGCUGAAAUGGAUCUGCUCAUGCAGCGGCUCCGUCCUCCUGUGAGGAGGACCACAACGCCCUUCGUCGGGUGCUCUGUGGUGCCUGACCGCUGCUGUGACGGGCAGCACUGACAUGGAAACCCCCUUCCAGCUGCACAACGACUUCUUCCCAGAGCAGCAGCAGCUCCAACACUGUAAGUACCAGCACUAUUACUGCGGACGAGACCAGCAGCAGCAGCAGCAGCCGCAGCAGCAGCAGCAGCAGCAGCAGCGCGUCGGCUGGCAGCACGACCAAUGCUGUACCUGCAAUAGCUGCACCACCUGUGAUGCGAGAAAAAGCCUCGUCUUUCGCGGGACGUCGCCGACCACUGUGGGAACUUUGAGGACACCUUCGGAGACGUCGUCGAGGCAAGGCUGCCAGCACAGCACCGCCUGCGACUUCACACCUUCUAGUCAUGGUAGUUCAUCCAGACAUCAUCAUCAUCCUCCUCCUCACCCCAACCACCACCACCAACAACAUCAGCAGCAGCAGCAGCAGUAUCGGCAGCGGGGCAGCCUUGGGAGCAGCCACAAAGACAGCAACUCCUACAAUGAAAUAGCCAUGAGCAGCUGCAGAUACAACGGCGGCGUCAUGCGGCCGCUGAGCAACUUGGGCUCGUCCCGCAGAAACAUCCACGAGUUUGAUUCCGAGUCCCAGCCCCUGCAGCCCAUCUCCGCCGCAGAUGCGUCGGACAGCCUGGCGUCCAAGCCGGAGAACCAUUCCGCCCCGCUGAUGCCUUACGCGUCAGGAGACGGAGGGGGAGGCUGCGGCCACAGCGGCGGCAAAUCGGGGAAGAAAAAGAACCAGAACAUUGGGGAGAAGCUGGGGCACCGGAGGGCCUUGUUUGAGAAGAGGAAGCGUCUCAGUGACUAUGCUUUAAUCUUUGGGAUGUUUGGGAUCGUUGUUAUGGUUAUAGAGACCGAACUCUCAUGGGGAGCCUAUGGAAAGGAAUCCCUGUAUUCAUUAGCUCUAAAAUGCCUGAUAAGCCUUUCUACAAUCAUUCUCCUGGGGCUGAUUAUCAUAUACCAUGCGAGAGAGAUACAGCUCUUUAUGGUGGACAACGGAGCCGAUGACUGGAGGAUAGCCAUGACAUACGAGCGCAUCUUCUUCAUCUGCCUGGAAAUUCUGGUGUGUGCCAUUCACCCCAUCCCCGGGAACUACACCUUCACCUGGACGGCACGCCUGGCGUACUCCUACGUCCCUUCCAAGACCGACGCGGACGUGGACAUCAUCCUGUCCAUCCCCAUGUUCCUGAGGCUGUACCUCAUCGCUCGGGUCAUGCUGCUGCACAGCAAGCUCUUUACCGACGCCUCCUCCCGCAGCAUCGGCGCCCUCAACAAGAUUAACUUCAACACCCGCUUUGUGAUGAAGACCCUCAUGACCAUCUGUCCUGGCACUGUGCUGCUGGUCUUCACCAUCUCGCUCUGGAUCAUCGCUGCAUGGACAGUGAGAGCUUGCGAGAGGUAUCACGAUAACCAGGACAUAACCAGCAAUUUCCUUGGAGCCAUGUGGUUGAUCUCAAUCACGUUUCUGACUAUUGGAUAUGGGGAUAUGGUCCCACACACAUACUGUGGAAAAGGAGUCUGCCUUCUGACGGGCAUUAUGGGUGCCGGCUGCACUGCCUUGGUGGUGGCUGUGGUGGCGAAGAAACUGGAAUUAACCAAAGCUGAAAAACAUGUUCACAAUUUCAUGAUGGAUACCCAGUUAACAAAAAGAGUAAAAAACACAGCUGCGAAUGUUCUCAGGGAGACGUGGCUCAUCUACAAGAACACCAAACUGGUGAGGAAGAUGGACCACGCAAGAGUCAGGAAGCAUCAGAGAAAAUUCCUUCAAGCCAUUCACCAAGCUCGAAAAUUGAGAAGUGUUAAAAUGGAGCAACGCAAGCUGAAUGACCAAGCAAACUCACUAGUGGACCUUGCUAAGACGCAGAACAUCAUGUAUGAUAUGGUGUCAGAUUUAAACGAGAGAGGGGAGGACAUGGAGAAGAGGAUCGCCUUGCUGGAAACAAAGCUGGAAACCCUACUGACUAACUUGCAAGCUCUUCCUGGACUCAUCAGCCAGGUCAUCAGCCAGCAGCACAGGGACUUCCUGGAGGUGCAGCUCCAGCCUUACGACAAACACAACCCUGAGCGCUCGCAGUCGGUGUCACGGAGGAGGUCAUCCUCCACAGCGCCGCCAACCUCCUCGGAGAGCAGCUAGAGUCCAAACGGGGAAUGCCUCCGCUCAAGACUUUUGCCAUCAUAUGGCCAAGUUGCAUUUACUGUAAAGCCUUAUGGUUUCAAUAAGUAUUAUCCAAAUUCUGAUGACAGAAUCCGAUUUACUGGGGACGAUGCAUUUUAACACGGAUAACUUCAUGCUGUUCUUAUUUUAUUACCUCAAAACAUGUUGUUAUCCAUGCUCUGGUGAUAGACCACAAAUAAUGGCCCUUCCCUCGGUAAAGGAAGGACUCCUCAGCGAGGUUCUGACAGAAACUCUACUCCGUCUCUAUGCAGAGGUAGCCAGCUCUAGGUAUCGAGGUUACCAGGUGUGAAACUAUUGCACUAAAAUAGUGCUUCUCAUGGACUUUGAACUUCUGCUGGCUUGACUCAGCUGCAAACUGAGAAACUACUGAGAAACCAGACAGAGAGCAUGUUAGUGGUAUGACAACAAUAGAGAAAUGAACACUAGACGGCAGGUAAAUAUCACCCCAACACACUGUCGCUCAGAGAUAACGUAAAAAGCUUAAAACGAGGAAACAUACACGUAUGUUUUAGGUUAGAAAACAGCAUCAACUAUAGUGGUUUUCCUUUGCAGAGUGGCCCCUGUGGCCCCCGUAAAGUGACUAUUUUUUAGGGGGGCUGGGUGGGUGGGGAGGUUGCAAAUAUUUUAAUCCUCAACUUGAUUGAAUGCAUUGAAAAUCUGUACUUGCACUUAAUUCUUCAAGAAUGCACUUCAAUGCUGGCUGACAUCUGAUCUAAAGAUGUGUAACCCAUUAAAGGAAAUAAUUUGGGCAUGGGUUUUUUGUUGUCAGUUCUCAAUUUGUAGUCUUGUCUAAUCCAACAAAGCCCCAUUUUUUUUCUCCUUUUGUUUGGGUUUUUUUCUAUAAUUAUUUUUUGUUCCUGGUAUAAACGCAUUCACUUAGACUAGUAGAGGUCUAUAGAAAUGCACUGAAUGAUCAUAAACAAAGUAAUUCCACCCUUGCCUUGGUGUGUCUCAACUCCUGUCCUUCUCUCCUCUGUUAUUUAUGCUCUCUGUCUUCCAAGCUGGGCAACGAGAUAUGCUAAAACAACUGUAAAUCCUAUCUACCUUUUGAAGCUUAAAAAUACAUAUUUUUAUAUAUUUUCAUGAGGACAAGCACACCUCUUACAAUAAAUAAAUGACAGGAAAACAGGUGAAAAAACAGAAAAAGCGUAUUUGAAACAGGGUUGGGGAGAUCUUGAGAUGGAGAUCCUUUGUCUAGGUUUUUUCAAGAUCACAUCACUAAUUAACUAAUUAGGCAUAACUUCAGCGUAGGACCCCGGUAAUGUAACCUUUUCAAGAGUAAAGAUCUCAUUAAAUCAGCAGCUCGGCUAGCAUUCAAUUAUAAACCAACCAGAUGUGCAGUCCACAAACAUUAACAAUGUAGAAACCAAUGAGAGAUUCUGUUGUAUGCAACUGAAUGAUAAAACAUAAUAAAAAAAAUACCCAAUUAGA